CCCGACCUCCGCUCCAUGUGGGACGGCUUCUCCGUGGAUCGCUACGCCCCACGUGGUCGCCCCGGGCCCCCACCAUCCGCCCAGGAGGGGUGCUGCCUUCACGGACCGGGCUGCCGGACGCCUCGGACGCGCCCUGGGACGGCGCCCAUCCCCAGGAGCAGGGGUGAGCAGAACAUCCGAAGUCGGCAGCGCUCCUCCCUUCCGGAGCAGCCCCGCAGGAGCGGCAGAAGCGGGGCCGAUGCCCGCCACCCUCCCCGCCCCCGAGUGGGCGAGUCCGGCCGGGAGCCGCCUCCUAGUGACGGCGUCGCGGUCGCCAAGGUAACCGGCCGUCGGCCGCCGCCGGGGCGGCCGAAGCCCAAGAGCCCGCCCGAGCCGGCCGCCGCCUGUCGCCAACUGGCGGAGCAGCAGCACCGCAGCGCGCUGAGCCGGGCGGCGGGCGGAGACACCACCCGGCGGCUGAGGAGGGCGGCCUGCGACGGGGAGGUGAAGGCGACCAAACUGGUGGAGCAGCGGCAUGAACGGAUCAGGAAGACCCUGAUGGAGAAGGAGAGGCGGGAGCUGAUGGAGACCAGCAGGAUGGUGAACGACGGGCUAAAGAAGAGAAAGCUGGGCCGGCACAUCGCCGCCCGUAUCUGCCUGCACCAGGUGGAGCGGUACAGGAAGAGCCAUGCCGGCCUCCGGCUGCAGAACCUGAGGUCUCGUACCCGGGAGCAGACCGCGCAGUACCAUGCCGAACUCAGAGCGAUGAAGGAACGGGUGGCCAGCGCCCCAUACCUCUUCGAGCAGGUCACACAGGACAACAUCCGUGGGACCGUCGACCGCCUCUUCUCCAGGGUCCUGCGGAGGCUGCAGCUGGACGAAGAGCUGGUGCUCGAACUCAGAGCAGCGGGCGGGUGGGGCGACCUGGAGGGCAAGUCGGAGGCCGGCAGCUGGGACGCCGCCGCACGCCCUCCGACCAGUGGCGACGAUCGGUGCCCGUUACUCGAGCAGCCUGGCCACGAGUGCGGGUACGCGGACUGCGCUGGGAUUCCGGACUCGGCUGCGCGCUGUGUGUGUGAGUGUGGGCAAGAGUGAGCGAGCGGCUGUCGCAAAAAAACCGCUUGAAAUAAACCGUUCUCUUACACCUUCUGAUGACACCAAAUUGCAAUGGACGGGGUUCCGAUUAUCAAUAGUCCUCGCUUUCAAAAUGCUUGCAUCAAUCAGUCUCUCCAAUCGUGUUUCUCCCCACCCCUCUCCCGAUGCCAAGCUCCUCUCUCCUCUCUUAUCCUCCUCCUCCUACCACCUCUCCCCUGUUGCCACUGUGGGGGUAUCCAGAACUAGAGGGCAGAGGUAAGGAGGAAUUUUUUUUAUCCAGAGAGUAAAAAUCGGCGGAAUGCUAUGCCACUGACUGCGGUGGGGGCAAGUCCGUGGGUGGUGGGUGUAUUUAAGACGGAAGUUGAUCACUUCCUGAUCGGUCGGGGCAUCAAAGGAUAUGGCGAGAAAGCAGAUGUACGGGGUUGAGUGGGAUCCGGGAUCAGCCAUGAUGGAAUGGUGGAGCAGGCUCGAUGGGCUGAAUGGCCUAAUUCUGCGCCCAUGUCUUACGGUCCCGGCAGUGCCCGGAGGGAGCGGUUCCCGAGGUCGGAAACCUGCGGCAGUUUCCAGGAACUUCCCGGUGCCCUGUGCACGGGGCCCGCGCUGUUCCCCA